UUCAUCUCAAUAAUAAUAUAUUAUUAUUUUUAUUAUAAAUUUUUUUAAUGCAUUAGAUAUUAAUUUUUUUUUUAAAAUAAUGUACAUUAUUAAGAUUAUAUUUAAACUUAUAUUAUUAAUUUAUAAUUUAUUUUUUACUAAAUAAAUUUAUAUUAUAUAAUGAUAAGUUAAAAUAAAAAAAAUUUAUAACGGGAAAUCCACUCAUCUUGCUUCCUCACGAGGAAGUCUCCACCACAAUCUUGAUUUCCUGUGGAAUGGACCACCAUUAGGAGUGACACUAUAUCUGAAUUUUAUAUAUUUUAAUUAAUAAUCUAUUUAAAAUAUCAAUAAUUUAUAUUUAUAUAAAAAUUUAUAAAUUUUACUAUAAAAAUAUAUAUUUUAUAUUUAAUUAAUUAUUUUUAUAAAAAGGCUUAAAUAGUGAGUAUCCAUAUAAAAUUCAAAUCUAAUAUGAGUGUUACUUUUAAAAUUUAAAUCUGUUCCAAAUCGACUAUAUGCUAUUGGAACUAAUUCUAAUAAUAAAGUUUAGUCAAAUCAAAUGCCAAAAAUACUCAAAAAUAAAAAGUUUUAGUUAAAAUUAAUAAAUAAAUUAUAUAAAGUCAUCGCCAAAGAAUAAGUGGGCGGAGAAGGCGGCAGAAAUAGAGAAUAAGAUAAAUAAACGGGGCUUCUGAAGACAUUUAUGAAAACUAUAGGGAGUCUAAAGUAAAAGCAAAAUGAAGAAAAACUUUUAAUUAAGGCGGGAGAUUAAUCAAAUUUGAUUACAGGCAUUCCGCUUGUAGAAAAAAGAAAAGCUUCAUUAGCCAAUAAACCCUUUCCCCAAGAGACCUAAAGCCAAGAAGCACAGAAAAAGAGAACCCGUACGAGCAGUGACGGUUUUGCACAGAAACCACACGCAAACAAUAAUCUACCGUUGCUUUCGCUGUAUCUGUUUACUUGCUCAGAUUUAUUCUCCAUGGCCGAUCUGUGUGGAACUGAUCCUUCUCCGGCUCCGGAGCCUGAAGAAAUUUCCUCCUUCCUUCACCACCUCCUUCACAAUUCUUCCUCUUCUUCUUCUUCUAAAUUCAUGCAUCUUGCUCUUUCUUCUUCUCCUCCUCCUCACCCGCUGCCGCCGCCGGCGGCUGUGGAGACUUCACCCCCGGCUGUAUUGUUGUUCGGCCGCUCCCAAGAUUGCCGAGUCGAUGGCGUCAAUUUCUCUGAUCCUGGCGAUUAUUUCGUCAAAGAGAGUGCGGAAAAUGCUGUCUCUUCGGUCAUUUCAAAGAGGAGGGGAGUCUCUGUGGAGAAUGAUAUAGGUGACGUAAGCUGCAAUAGCGAGAAGGGCGCAGAUGUUUCAGAGGUGCCAUCGGAAACAGUGCAGCCUAGAAGCUCCUCGAAGAGGAGCAGAGCUGCAGAGGUUCAUAACUUAUCUGAAAAGAGGAGAAGGAGCAGGAUUAAUGAGAAAAUGAAGGCGUUGCAAAAUCUUAUUCCAAAUUCUAAUAAGACUGAUAAAGCUUCAAUGCUGGAUGAGGCGAUUGAAUACUUGAAGCAGCUUCAGCUUCAAGUACAGAUGUUAACAAUGAGAAAUGGAUUGAGUUUGCAUCCCAUGUGCUUACCAGGAGUUCGACAGCCUAUGCAACUGCCCAUGACAGGAUUGAACUUUGAUGAAGUAAAUGGACUGCUAAAUACGAAUGCAGCAACAGGUAUAUUUUCUGAGAAUGAUGAAAACUCAGCGCAAACAGCUCUUAGUCUUCCCAAUAGGUGCACUGUGUCAAAUCGGCCAAAUUUUCUGACUUCAGCAACAAACAUUGCCUCUGCAGAAAUCUCUUAUGGUUUUGAGCCACUUAUUCAGGUUCAUUAUGAACCCUUCAAUCUCUACACAUCUUCAAAGGGAAGGCACAGCACAAGCACCAUUAGAUACAAAUCAAACAGUGAAGAGCACUUCAUCCAGUGUGUCCUAGUUAAGAUCUUACUCUUAGAUGCAGGAUCAACAAAACUUUGCGACCAAGCCCUUCUUUGCCCCCCUUUUUCCUCGAUUGCAUAUAAGGUGCAAAUGGUCCAUGAAAAUGCUGACAUUUUACACGUCAUCAGGUUAUUUAUGUUGUAACAGGUUCAUACAACUGUCGGAACCAAACUUUUCGACAUCUCUUAACUUCAAUAGAAGUCUUCUGUCCAAAAUCUCGUAAGGUGUUUAAAUCAUUUAGAAAGCAAAGAUGGUCCUGUAGGGUAGACGGGUAUGAUUAAUAGAAGUCUGUACUCAAAAGGAGAAAAUGAAGUGGAAGGAUGUGUUGCAAUGCGUGCUAUUUUGAUGUGCAUAUGACUCAUUUGUGCCUUGCUUGUUGAUCUUUGCUUGUGGAUCACUGUGAAAUGAAUACUACCAUUACAAAUGUUUUGCCAAACAGGUGUUCUAGAUUGGCAUGCAUCCAAUGGAAGUCAUUAUAUGCAAGUUUAUUUCUGCCUUC